AUGCCUGAUCCCUGGCCAUCCACCACCAGCCGGACCAAGGGGACGGUGGCCUGCCUGGUGGAGGUGCUCCUCUGGAUUGGAGGCAGCGUGGCAUUGUCUUCGAGGUGGUCGUUAGGCCCACUGGUGGAGCGGUGCAUGAGUGCCAUGCAGGAGGGUACACAGAUGGUGAAGCUCCGUGGCAGCUCCAAGGGCCUGGUGCGCUUCUACUACCUGGACGAGCAUCGCUCCUGCAUCCGCUGGCGGCCCUCACGAAAGAGCGAGAAGGCCAAGAUGUCCUGCGUUGGCCCUAACUCGGCCCCAAAGUGGCUGAAGCAGACGUUCGACGAGGCGGACAAGAACGGGGAUGGCAGCCUGAGCAUUGGCGAGGUCCAGCAGCUUCUACACAAGCUGAAUGUGAACCUGCCCAGGCAGAGGGUCAAGCAGAUGUUCAGGGAGGCGGACACGGAUGAUCAGCAGGGGACGCUGGGCUUCGAGGAGUUCUGUGCCUUCUACAAGAUGAUGUCCACACGCCGAGACCUCUACCUACUCCUGCUCACCUACAGCGACCACAAGGACUACCUGGCUGCCGCCGACCUGCAGCGCUUUCUGGAGGUGGAGCAGAAGAUGGCAGAUGUGACCCUUGAGAGCUGCCAGAACAUCAUCGAGCAGUUUGAGCCAUGCCCAGAGAACAAGAGGAAGGGGCUGCUGGGCAUUGACGGCUUCACCAACUAUACCCGGAGCCCUGCUGGGGACAUCUUCAACCCUGAGCAUCACCAUGUGCACCAGGACAUGACGCGGCCGCUGAGUCACUACUUCAUCACCUCAUCCCACAACACCUACCUCAUGGGCGACCAGCUCAUGUCCCAGUCGCGUGUGGACAUGUACGCCUGGGUCCUGCAGGCCGGCUGCCGCUGUGUGGAGGUGGACUGCUGGGACGGGCCUGACGGGGAGCCCAUUGUGCACCAUGGCUACACCCUGACCUCCAAGAUCCUCUUCAAAGAUGUCAUCGAAACCAUCAACAAAUAUGCCUUCGUCAAGAACGAGUACCCUGUGAUCCUGUCCAUCGAGAACCACUGUAGUGUCAUCCAGCAGAAGAAAAUGGCCCAGUAUCUGAUGGAUAUCCUUGGGGACAAGCUGGACCUGUCAUCUGUGAGCAGUGAGGAUGCCACCACACUCCCCUCUCCACAGAUGCUCAAGGGCAAGAUCCUUGUGAAGGGGAAGAAGCUUCCGGCCACCAUCAGCGAGGAUGCAGAGGAGGGUGAGGUGUCCGACGAGGACAGCGCAGAUGAGAUUGAUGACGACUGCAAACUCCUCAAUGGAGAUGCCUCCACCAACCGGAAGCGUGUGGAAAACAUUGCUAAGAGGAAGUUGGACUGCCUCAUCAAAGAGUCGAAGAUCAGGGAUUGCGAAGACCCCAAUGGCUUCUCCGUCACCACGCUGCCAUCAGGGACACCUGCACGCAAGACCAAGGCCGAGGACGACGUGGAGUCUGUUGAGGACGCCGGGGCCAGCAGACGCAACAGCCGGCUUCUCAAGGGCAGCUUGUCCAGGCGCAAGAAAAAGAGCAGCAAGCUGAAGAAGGUGACCAGCGCGGAGGAGGGGGAUGAGGACCUGGAUUCCCCGGGAGGCCCUAGCCGAGGGACAACCCGGCAGAAGAAGACCAUGAAACUGUCCCGGGCCCUCUCAGACCUGGUGAAAUACACCAAGUCUGUGGGCAGCCACGAUGUGGAGACGGAGGUGGUGUCCAGCUGGCAGGUGUCGUCCUUCAGCGAGACCAAGGCCCACCAGAUCCUGCAGCAGAAGCCCACCCAGUACCUGCGCUUCAACCAGAGCCAGCUCUCACGCAUCUACCCCUCCUCCUACCGCGUGGACUCCAGCAACUACAACCCGCAGCCCUUCUGGAACGCGGGCUGCCAGAUGGUCGCCUUGAACUACCAGUCGGAAGGGCGGAUGCUGCAGCUGAACCGGGCCAAGUUCAGCGCCAACGGCCACUGUGGCUACGUGCUCAAGCCCCCAUGCAUGUGCCAGGGUGUCUUCAACCCCAACUCCGAGGACCCCCUGCCCGGGCGGCUCAAGAAGCAGCUGGUGCUGAGGAUCAUCAGCGGACAGCAGCUCCCCAAGCCCCGGGACUCCGUGCUAGGCGACCGCGGGGAGAUCAUCGACCCCUUCGUGGAGGUGGAGAUCAUUGGGCUGCCCGUGGACUGCAGCAAGGAACAGACCCGCGUGGUGGACGACAACGGUCGGCGUGGCGAGCGGGAGCCUGAGCCCCUGUGGGCAGGGCUUCAGGAGAGCCAGUCAGCUGUGGGUCCCGGGGGCUCACAAGAGCAGAGCAGGGCAAGGAAGCGCCGGAAAAGCCUGUCUGGGGGAGUUCAGGAAGGCUUCCCGGAAGAAGUGGUCAAGCAGGCUCUGGGCCUAAAAGGCCUCUUCCUCCGAGGCCCAAAGCCUGGCUCACUGGACAGUCAUGCUGCUGGGCGGGCCCCACCCCGGCCUUCCGUUAGCCAGCGGCUGCUGCGGCGCACGGCCAGUGCCCCGACCAAGAGCCAGAAGCUGGGCUGCAAGGGCUUCCCGGAGCUGGUCCUGGGCUCACAGGACGCGGGCUCUGAGGGGGCAGCCGACGACGUGGCGCCCCCCAGCCCCGGCCCCGCUCCGGAGGCCCUGGCCCACGAAGGCACUGGUGGCAGCAGCCCCCGAGAAGCCCACCCCUUCUCGGCGCAGCGGCCCACCUCCCCCCUCUUUAGCCUGGAGACCAUCGCCGAGGAGCCAGCCCCAGGUCCCGGGCCCCCACCACCGGAGGCCGUCCCUGCCAGGCCCUCCCGGGCAGGGCCCCUGUGCUCUCCAGGACCCGGAGCUAAUGUGGCGUGUCCCCCAGGGGACCCUGAGGAGCCCCAGAAGCGGGCGGUGGCUGUGCCACGGAGGCCGUGCCACAGCCAGGCCCCUGGCAGCCAGGUGGACAGCAGGAGCCAGCCCUGGGUCCUGGGCCACCUGCCUGCGAUCCAGAGGACCAAGAAUGAGGGGCAGGUGCCCACAGAGCCCCUGGGCAGAUGCAGGCUCUUAGCUGGGCCCACCCUCAUUCCGGCAGUGUCCUCAGACGCCACGGGCAGCGACCGGCUGAGGCAGCGGCUGGAGCCAGGCAGCCACUGGGGCAGCAUGUCAUCACCCUCCAGCAUGUCGUCCAGCGACACCGUCAUCGACCUCUUCUUGCCCAGCUUGGCCCUGGGCCUGGGCCAUGAGAGCCUGGCCGGGGGCCCGGUGGCACGCCCGUCCCCAAGGCCCUGCCCAGCCCUGCAGCCUGUGGCCAAGAGCAAGUCCAAUCCCAACCUGCGGGCCGAGGCCCAACUGCCUCCCCAGCCCGAAGAGCUGCGGGCCCGGCCGCUGGUGUCCAGGCCACCUGGCCUCCAUUCCCGGCCACGCUGGGGCCUCCUCUCCCUGGUGGGUCCGCAGGACUGCCCCGUGGCUGCCAAGUCCAAGAGCCUGGGGGAUUUGAUGGCCGACGACUUCGGCCCCAGUUUUGAGGGUGGCAGUCGCCGGUGCUGUGUUGCAGAUGGGGCUAGUUCUAGAGCCCCGCCCCUGCUCCCCUGGCCUGCAGGACGUGUCCCCUAA